GUGGAGACCAGGUCACAGUCGACGGAGUGUCGUGGACAGAGCAUCGAGGAAGCUUGAAACUGGAGGGAAGGAGGACGAAGCUUGCGAACUGAGAGCACAACGCAAGCAUAGAUUGUGUUCUGUAGUUUUUCAAUUUGAAUUCUCGCCACGAUGCAGGCAGAUACGCCCCCGAAUCAGACGAUCUACAUCAACAAUCUCAAUGAAAAGAUUAAGAAAGAAGAAUUGAAGAAGAGUCUGUAUGCCGUCUUUUCUCAGUUUGGGAAAAUUCUAGACAUUGUCGCAUGCAAAACUCUUAAGCUGCGAGGCCAAGCUUGGGUUGUUUUUGACGAUGUUACAGCUGCCACAAAUGCCUUGCGUCAAAUGCAGGGCUUCCCCUUUUACGACAAGCCAAUGAGAAUCCAAUACGCUAAGUCUAAGUCAGAUGCUGUAUCAAAGGCAGAUGGAACUUUUGUGUCCAGAGAAAAGAGGAAGAAGAACGACGAGAAAGCUGAACGGAAGAGACGUGAACACCAAGCCGAAGCCCCAGCGGCUGGACCACCAGCUUCGGCGUACCCACCACCCUAUGGAGCACCUCCUCCUGUUGCACCCACUCCUCAGUUUCCGCCAAGGCCAGCAGCUCAGGAACCUCCUGCUCCUCCCAACAACAUCCUUUUCGCACAGAAUCUGCCGCGGGAGGCUAAUAACCUUAUGAUUGAGAUGUUGUUCCAGCAGUUCCCAGGUUUCAAAGAAGUACGAAUGAUAGAAGCCAAGCCAGGAAUUGCCUUCAUUGAAUUUGGCGAUGAAAUGCAGGCUUCUGUUGCACUUCAAGCUCUUCACAACUUCAAGAUAACUCCAACUAAUCCCAUGCAGAUUUCAUACGCUAAGAAGUAGUCUUCCUACCGCAGCUCUUCAAUCCCUCCUGCUGGUACCCUCACCCUAUUAUGUUUUGAGUUUCGCUACCUGAUAGAAUUGCGAACAUCUGCUUCUCAGGAACGCACACCCCAGGGAUCCCACAUACUAGUGUAGAGAAAAAAGGUUAUGUGAUGGUCCAGGGGUUUCCUGCAUACCAAAUCUUUUUCAAUUGCGUCCUCUAGUAUUCCAGGAGUGAGCAGGUUCAUAUCUUGUGGAGGUGCUCCUGUUAAGCAUUCGCUCUCGAGACUCUAUGGAUUCAGAUCAACCUGUUUUCUCAAUUUUGAUCAAAGCAACCCGUUUGUAUUAUAUCCU